CCUAAGUAUAAUUCCUAGCCUUAACCAUGAACUGUAAAUCAUAAUUUGAAUUCUUAUUACAGUUUUAUAACCCUCAUUUGGUCUUAGUUAUUAUUUGACACUCUUAGAGUAACUCUAGCGUCGCUCAAAAGUCAUUCAUAAAUUAUAGUCUCACCCUUAACCCGAAACCUUAACUCUAACCCUAAAUCGUUAACCAUACCAAUAUACUAACAUUAUUGAAGCUAUGUGGUCGAGGCUAAAAGAAUUUUUGAGACCUUAUCAUGGUUUCAGAAGUCGACUACUAUGAAGCCAUAUGGAUGUGCUCCUGUACCGUAUGCACCAUGAUUUUAGAACUUCUGAACCUAUAUCUGACCUUCAGAAGUUUUUGACUCAUGUAAAAAAAGUGUUUACACUUUAAUUCUUUGGUUUUGUAUAAUAAAUUUUUACUGUAUACUAACUGCCUUCUGAGUGGCUAAUAUUUCUCAAGGUCAUUUAAGAUUCGUUCAAAGGUCGGCAGUAUAGUUUAAUCCUACCCAGAACAUCUCAGUAAAAUCUGAGAACCAUACAGUAAAUACUUGAGUUGCAAAGUGUCCAGAUCAUGCAGGAUUUAUUGAAAUAUUUCGUUUUACUCAUUUUUUCACUCGAAUUUUUACUCAGCAAAAGUAAUGCUGAACAAGAUUAUUAUGACAUUCUUGGGAUAAGUAAAUCAGCCUCAAAUAGUGAUGUUAAAAAAGCCUUCCGUAAACUAGCGUUAAAAUAUCAUCCAGAUAAAAAUAAAGAUGAAGACGCACAGAAAAAGUUUGUAAAAAUUGCUGAAGCUUAUGAUGUUCUCUCUGAUGAUGAAAAACGUAGACAGUAUGAUAGUGUUGGACAUAGUUAUUAUACACAACAGCCUGGUGGAAAUGGUGCUCCAGAUUUUGAUUUUAAUAGCUUCUUCCGAAACUUCGAUAUGUUUCGUCAGCACAGACAUUCUGAUGAUCAUGGUUCGUUCUUCAAUUUCCGUGGAUUAUUUGACGACGAUGAUGGUGAUGACGAUGGCUUCUUUUCACCAUUCGGCGGUAUGUUCCAUUCAUCAGAUGAAUCUCAUGGGUUUAUCAGACAUCAAGGUCAACAAAACUGUCAAACUCAAACUAUACGAAGAGGUAACACAAUUAUUACUCAAACACGUUGUUCUUAAUUACAUCCUAAAAGUGAUUUCAUUGAUAUUAUUUUGUACGAUUUUACGGAAAUGUCUCACGGUUGUUUGCCCUCUUGAUAAGCUUAAAAUUUUGUACAGCCAAUGAUCGUUAUUAUAGUGUUUCACAAUGUCAUUUUGUGUAUAUGAACGUUGUAUUACUUUUUCUAUUAAUCCACAUAAAAUAACUGGUUGUUUAUAUCACAGUGUUUUUUUUUGAAAAAUGAUUUUUAUAUACAAAAACGUAUCUUUACUUGUUCAUCUCUUCUGCUUUAUUGUGUUGAGACUACCAUUGUCUUUCUCUUCUCAUUGAUUGAUGUGGAUAAUUUUAAAAAAUAAAGAGUGUGUAAAUGGGGAUUUCCACAAACAAUAAAAAAACCAUGAUAAAUAAAAAUUUCCAUCACUUCAUUUGUUGGAUAAAUAUAACCAUCUGUUGGUUUUUGUUUGGUUUAACAAAUUUUCAUAAUAAAAAUUAAAGCCAUUAAUGUAUUGUUUUUUUUAAACGUGAUAAUAAUGAUAAUCUGAGCUGGUUUGUGUUGCUAUAAUCAGAAUUAGUAACUUCAUUAUAGACUGAAAAACUGUUGAUUUUAAUUCAUCUGGAGUAUAUGAUAAAUAGCAUCAUAGAAAAUGAUGUUACAUAAUCUCAGCCAGCGAGUGUGAGUAAUUAAACUGAUUCUUCGUUCAAAUAUUAGUCGUUUGAUAAAGUAUUAUUGGUGAAAUUGUGAUCAAUGCGACAGAACAUAAUUACAU